AACAGGUUUUGAUAAUGCCAAACCGCCGUGAUCAAGUCGAACAUUGAAUAUACAAGGCGAAGAACGAAGAUAAGAGCAAGAGCUAAACGAAGACCAAGAACGAAGACCUUAAUCAUAGUAUUGAGUCGGUCAUUAUUGUGAUCAAGACCGAUCCAAUCUUUACACCUUGGCUCUUUAGGCUAAAAACUCUCAUUGCAUUUCUUACAUCAUAAAAAUGGCCGUGGUUAAGGCAAAAACCACAGGUUUUUGGCUAACCACCCACCCAGCGAUGGGAAGAACAUCCCAUCGAUGGGUAAGUAGCCCCUUAGCCAAACCAACUUCCAGAACCAUGCCAAACAGCGAUGGGAAGCUCUACCCAUCGCUGUUCAAGCCUUGGUCCAAUAUUAUCACAAGGCAGAAUGUCCUUACCCAGCGAUGGGAAGCUUUACCCAUCGAUGGGAACCCAGCGAUGGGAAGGCUAAACCAUCGAUGGGAAGGCAUGACCGUUGGAAGUCAUUUAAGGGUACAAAACCCUAGGCUGUUACGUGCUCCUUCUUCGAUUCAACGCUGCCACCUAUCUUCUUCUUCUUCUUUGACUGAACGGCGCAGCGACAGAGGAGACCCACAAAUCGUCGUCAUUGAUGCAUCGGCGUCUUCGGAAAUUGGCGUGAGAUGGGUCAGCGUCAUCCCUACGGCUCUCCUCCCUGAUGGCUUUCGGCGAUUGGAGUCUCGGCGAGAGAAGUAGUGACGCCGACGACGGACUGCAGAGGCGCAACGACCAGCCGGCGAACCAGCGACGGCACCCAGGCUACAGACUGACGAUGACGUCUGGACAGAAACUCCGGCGAAACAGCGAGGAACUUCGGCGAGGGCUAUUCUCUGUUCCAGCGAACCAGGAAGCUCCGGCGAUUUCCCUCUGUUCGGGUGACUGGUUCGAGCAGCAGCGAUGGCGCGGGUCCCCUUUGCUCUAGUGACCUUCGGGGAUGUCCAAGACGAAUUGGGCAGCGACAGUGCACGUACUCGGUCAACGAUUAUUGGACAAUGCUUUCCCUGAAUUUCAAUUGAGCAAACGAGGUAAUAACGAGCUAAUCCUGGA